CCCGCAGUUAGGAGCUGCGCCCUUGUCAGCCUCUCCAUGCAGCCCCAGCCGGCUCUCAGCGUCAACAGCGGCCCCGCAGUGUCGGCCAUUAGCAUGGCGCCUGCCAAGAAGAUCAAGGCCAAGCUCAAGAAGACGUUGCCCGUGACCGGCCCCCAGGCACCUACCUUACGGGAGCUGAUGCACUGGUACUGCAUGAACACCAACACCCACGGCUGCCGGCGCAUCGUGGUCUCGCGGGGGCGCCUGCGCCGCUUCCUGUGGAUCCUGCUCACGCUGACUGCUGUGGGACUGAUCCUGUGGUACUGCGCUCAGCUGGUCCUCAACUACUACAAAGCCUCUGUCUCCGUCACGGUCCAGUUCCACGCACUCCCCUUCCCAGCCGUCACCAUCUGUAACAUCAACCCCUACAAGUACAGUGCCAUCAAGAAACACCUGGCCGAGCUGGACAAAGAGACAGAGAACGCGCUGAGGUCCUUGUAUGACUUUUCUGGAGGUAAUAUCAGGGAGCGCCGUGAUGCUGGUGAUCCUGAGCCAAGUGAGGACAGAAAAUUCCACAGAUACUUUCCCUUGACGAAUUUAGAGAACCUCACUCACCAGCAGCCUUUUCCAAAUCCCUCCUCUGGUUCCAAACGGCGCAUGGAGGCCAACAUCAUUUCGGGGGGCUCCAGCAUCGUCAGCGUCAAGAACCCCCAGGAUAUUGUGGGAUUCCAGCUGUGUGACUCCCACAACAAGAGUGACUGUGCCCUUUACACCUUCAGCUCGGGUGUCAACGCCAUCCAGGAGUGGUACAAGCUGCAUUACAUGAACAUCAUGGCCCAAAUCAGUGCUGAAGAGAAAGUGAACAUGAGCUACUCGGCAGAGGAGCUCAUCCUGAGCUGCUUCUUUGACGGCCGUUCCUGCGAUGCCAGGAACUUCACGACAUUCCACCAUCCGAUGCACGGGAACUGCUAUACCUUCAACAGUGGGCAGAACAGAAGCAUCCUGAAUACAACCACCGGAGGCAGUGAAUACGGGCUGCAGGUGAUCCUGUAUAUAAACGAAGAAGAGUACAACCCUUUCUUGGUGACAUCUACAGGAGCCAAGAUAGUGAUUCACGGCCAGGAUGAAUAUCCCUUCAUCGAAGACGUCGGCACCGAGAUAGAGACAGCCACAGCCACCUCCAUCGGGAUGCACUUUACAAAGUCCGAACGACUCAGCUUUCCAUACAGCAGCUGCACAGAGGACGGGUCUGACGUCAAUGUGAAGAAGCUAUACAAGAACAAAAGCUACUCUUUGCAGACCUGCCUCCAUUCCUGCUUCCAGGAUGAGAUGGUGAGAACGUGCAGCUGUGCCCAGUACGCCCAGCCCCUGCCCGAAAAUGCUGAGUUCUGCAACUACAAGAAAUAUCCAGACUGGAUGUAUUGCUACUACAAACUGCAUGAAAAGUUUGUGAAGGAGCAGCUGGAUUGCCAGAAGAACUGCAAAGAGGCCUGCAGCUUGAAAGAGUGGACCCUCACCACCAGUCUUGCCCAGUGGCCUUCUUCAGCCUCCCAGGAAUGGAUGCUCAAACUUCUGUCAUGGGAUAAAUGGAACAACCGCGGUCAGACCUUUAAAAAGGAAGACCUAGCAAACCUCAUGGUGUUCUACAAAGACUUGAAUGAGAGGGAAAUCAAGGAGAAUCCGGCAAAUGAUCCCGUCAUUCUUGUCUCCAACAUUGGGGGCCAGCUGGGCCUCUGGAUGAGCUGCUCCAUGGUCUGUGUCAUCGAGAUUGUGGAGGUCUUCUUCCUCGACACCAUUUGCAUCAUCCUGCGCCGCCACUGGCAGAAGGCCAAGAAGUGGUGGCGGGGUCAGAACAGGGAGCAAGAGGAGGAGGAGGAGGAGGAGGAGGCAGAGGCAGAGGCAGAAUCAACCCCCCAAAAUGGCCUGCAGGGCCACGACAACCCAGCCUGCACUGCAGAGGACGAUGAUCUGCCCACCUUCAACACAGCCAUGCGCCUGCCCCUCUCGCUGGAGCACCCACUCCCCAGGACCCCCCCGCCCAACUACAGCACCCUACGACUGGCCAGCACCUUUCCAGAGCAGCUGGAUGACACCCUGGAGGUCCGGACAACCCAGUGAUGCCCUUGACCCCAGCAGGAAAGGCCGCUCCUUGGACUCAGCGGCUGGACUUACCCUCUGGAGGGACGGGGGACAGAAGCCGCUUGCCCCAAACAGAACUGUACCUGCUAUGUGCUCUGCCAUUCUGCUAGCCAGACACAGGAUGCCAUUUCUGUAUUAAUUCCCCCUCUGCCCCUUGCUGGGGGCGAGCCAGGCUUUUCGCUGGGGCAGCUGCUGUCACG